AUGCAGCAAAUGAGAAAAAUGGAAGUUGGGGACCUGUCUGGUAAGACACUUAACUUCGUCUCCCACUCCUUGGACAAACCAACCCUGAACUCCUGGGAGGACCUAAUGCGAAGUCAAACCUUUCGCUCCAUUUAUUCAACCGAUGACAUCGAGAAAAUACGACUGAAAAGUGGCCGCGUGUCUCCGGCGGUCGCUUUAAUACAAGACCUCGUAUGUCGAAAAACACCAUUGGAAGACCUGAUGAGCGGUCUAAGAGAAAUAGAGAACAAAGAGGCAAUUUUGAUCAUUGAAAAUGGUAAGUUGACCACAUCGCAUGGGUUGAAACAUAUCUAUGGAAAUGUUUUGUUUUCGGGUUUUGAUAGAAUCUCUUCAUAAGGUUAAAGUCCCGUGUUUUCUCAAAAUAACGAGUAACCCGCUUGUGGCACUAAAAAAGAAGUACAUGUCGACGUGCCAUGAGAGAACUAAAAGAAUAUAAAAUGUAGCUGAAAUAAAUUUAGUUUCUGAAAAAAAAAACCUGAAAUGAUAGCUCAGCUCUUUCUACAAAUUUAAGGCAGCUUGGUUUAUUGGUUAUAUCAGUUUUCACAGGCUGAGACCCGAGCUCUUUUCCUCAUUCAGCCAUGUAAAGGACCAACUGGCAAUUGAAGUAUUGUUCCAAAAUCUUGUUGUGAUCAACGUGUGUCUACAUUAAUUCCCAAUCCCCAAUUAUGUCUAUAACGCGUACGGAAAGAUAUUAACUUACAGUCUUACAGUCGGUGCGCGGUCUCUUCCUGAGGGUCUCCAACUGGGUCCCGAUUACUGAAUUAGGCUUGAUUUCCGCCGCUCUUCCUGCCCUCCCCGAGAAGAGAGUCUGUUCUUUUGAGGAGUGCGGGCUUAUGCUUUGAACAGUGACUGGCAAUCAAGCCUAAAUCUCGACCAGGAUCCCUACUGGAUAUUCGUUCUCUUUCCGAAUUCCGCAGCCCUGUUCCCUUUCUCCACCUCUUCAAUUCCGACCAAAUAAGGUAAUUCCCAGAUCAUGAAGCCAAAACCCUUAUCGGAGACCCUCUUUGAUGUCAUUCCUAGAAACGAUGAGCAAUAGCUUGAGCCCCCAAGACUCUGGUGGAAGACCUCCUCCUUCACUUUUCAUACCGCGGCAACCAGAAGAGGUAUUUGCUAUUCUGCCAGUCUACCCACUUUAGCUGUUUUGUUGUACCAAACAACAGAAACAUAUGAAAUGAAUAUUACUAUGUAAUAUAAUUGUAAUAUAAUUAAACUUUCAAUAUGCUCUAUAGAUAUUGGAUAGCUUAUAAUUUAUCACUUAAAAUUAUAAAGUCAUGGUAUGAUAUGAUUAAUUGGUGCAUGCGACUGUACAUGCGUGUAAUAGAGAAGAGGAUUGAUGACGUCACAAAAACUAAAUUUGUGAAAUCAGAGUACUUAUAUCUCCCCGCCAAUUUGCUAUAACAAACUCAUUUUUAUCCUGUUCCAGGAUCCAAGAAGGUCGCGUCAGCGGAAUUGAGAAAGCGUGAACACGAAAACAAAACGGCAGGAAACUGAGAAGAGGAAGGGCGGCUUCCUUUGCUCAUUAUACGUUUCUGGGAAACUGCCAACCUACUCCUCCCCUACGCCAACAUUUUGCCCUAAGUAAAAAAUAAGUGUUAAUUUUGGCUUAAGGGAGAGGUAGGUGAUCAGUUUCCCAGAAACAUUUAAUGAUCUUUUUUCCCACUCCCGCCUCCUUUUUCCAGAUCACGCGCUCAUGUUUUCUCGUCCCUUUCACUUACACGUCAUCCAUCCCUGAGCUAGCCUGGAACAAGCUAGCUCAUUUUUUGAAAAGUGAACAUAUUUCAUCAUGUUCUUUAUUUCUUUAAAUCUUUUCUAUCCCAAAAUUUUACAAAUUUGAAUUUUCGUUACGUCACACUUCUCUUUUCUUUUGUGAAAAGUGGUUAUAAGUAAUUUAGUUUUACUCUUAAAACUCGCAAUUGCAAGCUAUAUGUUAUUCUCACGUUGAAGGUGGUUUCUAACUAACUAACUGUAUUUGUGGUAGUACACUGGAGUGCUUUGACGACUGGCGAUGCGGUCAUAUGUUUCGCCUUGUGCCUGUUUUCAGGCACAAGGCGAAACGUAAUACCUUUUCCUGCCAAUAAAUCACUGUGAAUAUGGAUCAAGCCAUCAUUAUACUUAGAUCUGGACUAGGUUUAAUUUAUAAGGCGGAUGGAACGUGAUUUUUCGCGAUUUAGUAUAAGAAACGUAUUUUUUUUUAUGAUUUUGGAGGGGCCGACUUUUCGAUAUUUUAAUCAUAUAACUUUAGGUCUAGCUAUCAUUGUGCUUAGAAAUGGACUAGUUUUAGGCAAGGAACUUGAAUUAAUAUAGGGAACGUAUUUUCAUGUUUCUGGAGUAGCUAUAGUACUCGAUAUUUUAUUGGUCAAUCAAGACGUCGAUAGUGGGGAAGGGGGGAGGAGAAACGGUGCAAAGUUGAGGUCGAUGGUGGUUUGGCGAAGCGGUUUGUAGUUUAGGUUCCGAUAAAACCUAUUGUAUUUUAAAUGAUAUUACGACUUAGGGUCUUUAUGAUAAUGGUGAUGGGUGACAUAUCGAGAAAGUAAUAGUCAAUUAGCAGUAGUCAAUUAUCACAAUUUAAAGAAAAACGCGAUGUAUCAGUCAAGUCGAUGAAUACCUAUUCACCGUGUGCACAAUCACCAAACAUUGCAUUGAUGUCAGAGUAGCUCCGUACGGCUGAGGAGAGAGUCGGUUAACGCGAAACGAGACUUGCUGCGCGCCCAGAGGCGAGCAACCCAAACGCCAAGGGCUGUUUUUCCUCCUCCUCCCUAUCGAAUAUCUCUGUUAUCUAAUUAAGUAAGGUGGUUACGGCAAUUCAGUCAAACUUAAGACAAGCAGCUUUGGCUACAGUAGCCCCUCAAAGUACGCCUGCAUUUACAUGUAUUCAGGCUAUGGGUAAACGAAAGUGAAUCGAUACGGCUACUUUAACUAGUCAUCUGGAUAAUAUGAAAUUUUAGAGCAUUUUGCAUUAUAAGAAUGAGUCAUUUAGGUAAAGUAAGCAAGAAAAAGUGAUCAUGAUAAAAAGCGAGAUAAAAUGUUCUAUCAAAAAAAGUACACAAAUUCAAACGGAACCGCUAUAAAAAUCAAGAAAAAGUAAACGCUCUCAGACUGUAACGAUCAAAAAAGAAAAAUCAACUCAGGGGCCCAAAUGAACUCAUCAACUCCCUCUUGUUGAUUUGUACAAAGUUUUUCCAAAUGUGCGUUGAAAAUGGUACGAAAUACCAGACGUUUCGAGGAUUGCUCCCUCUUCCUUAGUGGUUUAAAGCAACUCCAUCAUGUUGUUCACCUUUGUCUAUGCCUAGUAACUUGUCUGCGUUUAUUGUGACUGGCCAAUUCAAACUACUUUGGUUUUGCUUUGGCGACAGUCAAUUCUGAUCGCUAAGAGUAUAUUUGCCAGAAUCUGAUAUACGCACUGGUUAAUCCUUAGAUUUAUAAACAAAGGAAGGGUCCAAAUUUCUGUAAUUUAAAGAAAAGGGGCUUCACCAAUUAGUUAAAUAUCUGUUAGUUAGACUAGUUCGUGUCACUUUAUCUAUUUUUUAGUUACUUAUUUAUUAAAAUCACUUUCGACAAUUUAAUAGUCAUCCUUUAUAAAGUAAUAAAGAUAGUACGCUCCCUCUGUCGUGUUUGCAUGAGAGUAUGUUAACAUGGUUGUGACGUCAAGAUGUUUUGCUUUCGCGCACUAAUCACGCAAGAACGAAUUUGAACAUUCUCAUCCCCAGAGCCACUCGGCUUACUUUGCAACCGAACAGUGACAACCGGAGACCAAAAGAAACAAAGAGCUCUGGAGACGAGCAUGGAAUUUGAAAAAAGUUUUGAGUUGAAAACUCGACAAGUUUACUUUAUUUACCCAUUUCCUCGUUGGCCGACACUCGAAAAUCUUAAGAAACAUGCUGCGUAAUUUUUUUUUUUUCGCUCAAGCUGACAAUUUAAGCAAGAAAAAUCCAUAUUUUGGAAAGCAUCUUUUUCGCAAAACAAGAACAUCCUCCUCAACCCCCUUGAGGGGUUGGGAGAAUUCUUGAUCUUGACGUCAAGAUGUUUUGCUUUCGCGCAUUAAUCACGCAAGAACGAAUUUGAACAUUCUCAUUCCCAGAGCCACUCGGCUUACUUUGCAACCGAACAGUGACAACCGGAGACCAAAAGAAACAAAGGGCUCUGGAGACGAGGAUGGAAUUUGAAAAAAGUUUUGAGUUGAAAACUCGACAAGUUUACUUUAUUUACCCAUUUCCUCGUUGGCCGACACUCGAAAAAUUGUAAGAAACAUGCUGCGUAAUUUUUUUUUUUUUGCUCAAGCUGACAAUUUAAGCAAGAAAAAUUCAUAUUUUGGAAAGCAUCUUUUUCGCAAAACAAGAACAUCCUCCAUUCUCCCUCCUUGAGGGGUUGGGAGAAUUCUUGAUCGUUAUGCAAUCCUCGACUUCGUCUCGAUUUUGCAUAACCGUGUCGAAUUCUCCCAUCCGCUCUCGUGUUUAUAUGAGGCUAUGCAAACACGGAAAACGUUUUUCUAUUACUUAGGCCCUGUUCGCAAAACGACAAAAAAAUAGAGUUUGUCGUUUGCAAAAAUGAGGUUUGAAAAUGUUGUAGUUUAUACCAAUUUUUCUUUUUUGCACCUGACGCACGCAAAGGUUAACUUAUCUUGUAACCAAAAACGCCAUUAAUAAAGGAACUUUAAUUGGUCACAUUAGCGCGAAAUACGAUGAUUCGACGAGGGAUAGCUGUCAAGGAACAAAGGAUUUUGUCGACUGUCAAAAAAUUGGUGGGACUCCAAACUUUCUCGACGGCAUUUCUGAAGUUUGGUGACACUUGAGAAAAUUGGUAGGCGAAAAAAAUCGUUCGCACUAAAAAAGAGGGUCUGAAAUGGCUUGCGUACUGCGAACAGGGCCUUAAAUAAUUUCUUUGUCGCUAAAGCGAGGUUAGUUGAUUAUGAGAAAGAUUAAGAGUCACGUUUACGACAAACGGCAAACUUCAGAUUCAAGUUGAGAAUUUCUCAGAAUAGAAAAUAAGCAGAUAAAAACUGUUCAGGACAAUUCUUAUGGGUAAAACUGGCAUGAAACUGCUUAUUUUUUAGUAGAAGUAAGAAACAGUAAACGACAAUAAAGGAGAAAUCCUGGUCACGUGGUACAAAUUCACGUUUGCUGUUUGGCGUAAACGUGUCUCUUAAUCUCUCUAUUUUCUUUCUUUUUCGCUUCAGAACGGCUCUUCGGUUUCGUUGUCAUAUGCCAGAUGUGCCUCUUCAGUUAAGACACAAGGCGAAACAUAUCCUGUUCAGGAAUCAGCAGGAAUCAAGGAAGACCAUCCGUGCGAUCCGUAUCGACUCCAAGAAAACACAGGAAAGAUCUUCAGCUAUUUCUUCCCUUGCCUUGGAUGGUUCGGCCGCCCAAAAGAUUAUAGUAAUAUUUAG